GUGACACGUUUGUGACAGUGUAUAAAAUAUGGCAGACUCGGCAGGAAAUUGGUGUCUCAUCGAGAGCGAUCCUGGCGUUUUUACUGAAUUGAUUAAAGAAUUCGGUGUCAAAGGCGCACAAGUGGAAGAAUUAUGGAGUUUGGAUGAUGACCAGUUCAAUGACUUGAAACCUAUUCACGGCUUAAUAUUUUUAUUUAAAUGGGUACAAGACGAUGAAUUAUCAGGAAAUAUUGUGCAAGACAGUAGAUUGGAUAAAAUAUUCUUUGCGAAACAGGUGAUAAACAAUGCCUGCGCGACGCAAGCGAUAUUGAGCGUUUUAUUAAAUUGUAAGCAUGGAGACAUAUCUCUAGGACCAAACUUAGAAGAAUUUAAAAACUUCUGUCAAAGUUUUGAUGCAAAUAUGCGCGGACUUGCACUUAGUAAUUCCGAUGUUAUAAGGGAAGUGCAUAAUUCCUUCUCCAGACAGUCCUUAUUUGAAUACGACUCGAAGCAAGCUUCUAAAGAUGACGAUGUGUUUCAUUUUGUGAGUUAUAUUCCGAUCGAUGGUCGUCUAUACGAGUUAGACGGGUUGAAAGACGGGCCAAUUGAUUUAGGCCCGUGUCCGGUAGGGGAACAAUGGGUACAAGCUGCGAAACCUAUAAUUCAAAAGCGGAUAAACAAGUAUAACGAAGGCGAAAUUCAUUUCAAUCUGAUGGCUAUAGUGACAGAUAGAAAAACUUUAUACGAAAGGCAGAAGGCCAAUGUUUGCGAUCCUGAAGAAUUAGAACGUCUGCAGGCCUUAAUUGAGGAAGAGAUCAGAAAGUCGAAAAGAUAUCAAAUAGAGAACAUUAGACGGAAGCAUAAUUAUUUACCACUCAUCAUGGAACUUUUGAAGAUUCUCGCGAAGGAAGGCAAGCUUGUACCUUUGUAUCAAAAAGCAAAAGAGAAAGCACUUGAGAAAGAGUCAAAGAAAAAUAAGGUUUAAAUUUAAGCGAAAUCAGGAAAAAUAUUAUAAACCAAAAUAAUUGGUAUUUGUGUUGGUGUAGCAAAGAGGCAAAAAUAAGUCAUUGUAUCAAUCCUUUUUUCUUUUUAAUAAAACAGCUAUUGCUUAAUAAA